AUGGAUGCUCUCGCAUUGGAGGCGAAGCACGCAGGUGGCAGUGAAACUGAAAAGAAGUCUGCGCCAAGGCCGCGACCAAAACCAAAACCUCCCAAAAAGGCCAAGAGAAUAGUGUUUCUGACGGAGUGUGUCGGCCCACUGCUCAUCUACCUGAUGUUCUACUUCCGUCUGCCGUUCAUCUACGCUCCCAAGCAUGACUUCACCAGCAGCAAACACUGGGUCGUGCACUUGGCCUGCAUGUGUCAUUCCUUCCACUACAUCAAGAGAAUCCUGGAGACGCUGUUCGUCCAUCGAAUCUUCCACGGAACCAUGCCACUCCGAAACAUUUUCAAGAUCUGUUGCUAUUACUGGUGCUUUGCAGCCUGGAUGGCUUAUUACAUCAACCACCCUCUUUACACCCCACCCUAUUAUGGACAGCAGCAGGUAAACCCCGCCCUUUACAUUUUCUUGUUCUGCCAACUUGGAAAUUUUUCCAUUCAUGUUACCCUCCGUAACCUCAAACCUCCAGGUUCCAAAGUGAAGAAGAUUCCACGUCCAACCAAGAACCCCUUCACCUGGAUCUUUGCUUUGGUGUCUUGUCCAAACUAUACAUACGAGCUGGGUUCUUGGGUGGGCUUCACGGUGAUGACCCAGUGUGUCCCAGUGGCUUUCUUCACCAUCGUGGGCUUCAUCCAGAUGACAAUAUGGGCCAAAAGCAAGCACCGGAGCUACCUGAAGGAGUUCCGAGAUUACCCAACCCUGCGCUCCUCCAUACUGCCAUUUAUUUUGUAA